GCGGGGCGGGGGCGGGGCGGGGGGAGGGGAGAGGACGUUUGGAGAAGCGUCCUUAGUUGCCAUGGAAACGGUACCCAGCGAAGAACCUAGCGGCCGAAAGGAGUCCCAGGAAGUUUGCCCCCCGGGAUUACUGGUAUUUGCCGGCUCCUCGGAACAAGAUGUCAACUUGGCUAAGCAGUUCUGGAUCUCGGCGUCGAUGUAUCCCCCUAGCGAAUCUCAGCUGGUGCUGCGCAGAGACAGCAGUCAGCGUCUGCCGGUGGCGCGGCCCGGGAGGAGCAGAGGGUCUGAAAACAGUCACUCCUCGCAGUCUUUUCACCUUGCAAGUAACAAAAAUAGAGACAUCUUUGCCGAAGCCCUAAAGAUACAGGAAUCUGAGGAGAAAGUACAGUAUCUCCAAAAGGCUAAAACAAGAGAAGAGAUUCUCCAACUCUUAAGAAAACAAAGAGAAGAAAGGAUCUCGAAAGAACUGAUUUCCCUUCCGUAUAAACCAAAAGCCAAAGAACACAAAGCAAACCAGACGAUUUGACUUAGCUUCUACAGAUGAAGCAAAACUAGCCCAGUCAAGAGUGACUUAACAAUACCAACUGUGGAUGAAGACUGCUACUUAAAUAGCAUCAAUGGAUAUGUCUGGGUGCCUUAGAUUUCUGCAUGUAUUUUUACAGAACAUUCCUGCUACUACCCAUGUUGACUCACCUAAUAAAACAUUUCACAGCUUGGACAGAUAAUUCUCUUAAUAAUUUAAAUGCUUACUUAAUUCCUUUUGUAAAUUAACUUUGUCCUGCAUCCUGAAGCCUUGAAUUUCAUUCUAUUCUGCUGUGAUUAUCUUCUUACUAUUAAAUUCUUCUAGUUACUUUUUUUUUUUCGAGACAGAGUCUCGCUCUGUCACCUAGUCUGGAGUGCAGUGGCGCGAUCUCAGCUCACUGCAACCUCUGCCAUCCAGGUUCAAGCAAUUCUCCUGCCUCAGCCUCCCGAGUAGCUGGGAUUACAGGCGCCCACCACCAUGCCCAGCUAAUUUUUGUAGUUUUAGUAGAGACAGGGUUUCACCAUCUUGGCCAAGCUGGUCUUGAACUCCUGCUCGUGAUCCACCCGUCUCAGCUUCCCAAAGUGCUGGGAUUACAGGCGUGAGCCACUGUGCCUGGCCGCUAGUUACUCUUUGUACAUUCUUUGGGCAACUAAUCAUGCGUUACUCUGUGCCCAUAUUUUAUAAUUAUUUAACUCUUAUUAUUGCUUUCAUUAUUUAACUUUUCUCGUAUUUUUUGUAUUGUCUGUAACUAUACUGUAAGCUCCAUGAGGAAUUGGGUCACCCAAAGUGCCAGCAUACUGCUUACAUGUUGGACUUCAGAAAAUAUUUAUAACAAAAAGUUUAGUUGAAAAAUAUCAUGUAAUUCAGUGUUAGCCAAUUUAGAAAGCGAUGUUUGCAUACUAUAUAUUAAUUUAUAAACUUUGAAAACUAUUCUAUUAGACACAAUUGUAAAAUAACUCCCCUACAUACACAGACUCCCCCUUACCAUCCCUCCUUCAACAGGUCUUCUUAGUAUAAUCCAGGUCCCCUUCUGUUAGAAAGAAGGAACCGGAAAAUGUGUUCAUAGUAAGGUUUUAGUAGCAAUAUGUUUAUUAUCCAUCCCAGAAUAUUUGCAUUUUAAAAGAAGUCUGAAUAAAUAAAAUAAUGGGUAAACCAAAGAAAUCAAUUACCAAUGAUGAAAU